CCUCGGGGGCGGGGCCUGGGCAGAAGAUGGCCGCCGCGCGCCCGGAACCCCCGAGUCCGAGCUCAGCGGCCCCGGAGCCGCGAUCCCCGGAGCCUCCGGACCUGGGAUCUGAGGGAUGCGUCUUGAUGCCCAGGAGAGGAUUUGGGUGGAAGGAGAAACGACUGCUCCAGGUCCUGGUACCUGAUGAUGGCCGCCCAGCCACCCCCCCGAGUGACCUCAUCGAGAUCCAGGUGGUGAAGGUGACGGACACCACGCUGGUCCCCGAGCCCCCGGAGCCAGGUUCUCUGCACUGUGCCUUGUGCCCGGCUGCCUUCCGGCUGGUCUCCGAGCUGCUGUUCCACGAACAUGGUCACCUGGCGGGGGCUGAGGGUGGCGGGCAGGGUGGGGACCCCAGCCGGUGUCAUGUGUGUGGCCACAGCUGCCCUGGCCCCGCCAGCCUCCGUGCCCACUAUAGCCUGCACACGGGUGAGCGGCCCUACCGCUGCGCCCUCUGCCCCCGGGCCUUCAAGGCCCUGGCCCCCCUGCUGCGGCACCAGCACCGACACGGGGUGGAGCCGGGGGCCCCUCGGAGGCCCCCGGAGACGGCGGCGGCGGCAACUCGAGAGCAGCGGCCCUGGGCGCCCCCGGAGAGGUCGGAGGUGGUGCUGGCGGCGGCAGCGGCGGGCGCGGCGGUGGGGAAGCCCUUCGCCUGCAGGUUCUGCGCCAAGCCGUUCCGCCGCUCCUCAGACAUGCGAGACCACGAGCGGGUGCACACGGGCGAGCGGCCCUACCACUGCGGCGUGUGCGGCAAGGGCUUCACCCAGUCCUCGGUGCUCAGCGGCCACGCGCGCAUCCACACCGGCGAGCGCCCCUUCCGCUGCAGCCUCUGCGACCGCACUUUCAACAACUCCUCCAACUUCCGCAAGCACCAGCGCACCCACAUCCACUGGCCGGGGCCGGGGGACUCUGGGGGCCCGCUGGCACCGGGGGCCGAGGGGCCGGGGAGCCGGUGUGGGGCAGGGAACCCUCCGGAAGAGGGGCGUGGGGAGAUGGCCAAAGUGAAGGUGGAGGUCGACCAGUAGUCUGGGAGAGCCGGCGCACGUCGCUGCAGGGGACGGGCGGGUGAGUGAGACAGGCCGGGGAGGACGAGGAGAGGUUCGGGGCAGAAUGACGUCACAGCACACAGAGAUGGCCACGCGCGGCCCGCGUGGGAGAGUGCACGGACAGCCGGGCUCAGGACGCUCACAAGUCACACAGCCCCUGCGUGAGGUUCGGAGAAAGGCACGGCAGUAGCCCUGCGGGUGCUAGGAACCUGGGCUGGAUGUCAUGGCCUCGUUCAGCUCCCCGACGGCUUGUCCUUGCGCAAGACAUCACUUGUCGAAGCAGAGCCUGGGCACUUCUUGGGGUGGGGGGAUCCAGGCUGGACCCUUUCACCUACCUCACUGGAUCACACUGACCCUAAGAUUGCCCACCUGUCCUCAGUCUGCCCGCUGGAUCCUCCGAUAAAACUGGGACCCUGUCUCCUCAAAGCCAGAGGGUCCCCAAGUCACAGUGUCAAGGAUGGAAGCCUGACCCUAAGGAUUUUGAUGCCCUGCUCCCAUGGUGGUCCCUCCCUAAGCCAGACUCCUCUUUCAAGACAACUAAAAAGCCAGCCCACGCUCAGCCAGCUGCUGCGCCCCUCCUAAAGCUCGGCUCAGAGCCUAGGGGCUACCAAGUAGCCCCCAGUGGAUCUAAUUCCCUCCAGUCCCAGUUGGGAGCAAACAGCUUACAGGCCAGUCCCAGGCUAUCCCGCGGAAGGGUUGGUGGAUGCCGAUGGAGCUGGCCUAGCCGGCCUGUGGUGGGUGUGGGGCAGGAGAUGAGUCAUGGCUGGGGGGGCAGAGGAGGG